GUAACAAGAACACUGAGAAACACAGAUACACGGAACAACCUCAACGAAGAAGACUAGAAACAGCCCACAAAAACCCUAAAGUAUGGAAGCUCAAAGAUUUUGGCAUCUUUCUUUCAAGUCAACAUGGAUAUUUGUCUUUUUCUUCUCUUCUGUAUGCUCAGGAAUGCCCCCACUAAAAAUACACCUCAAAAGCACCGUCUUUGUGGCCCUCACAGGAGAAGACCUCAACAUUGAAUCUAGUUUGGACGUGCCAGCAAACCAAAGUGGGGACAUGUUGAGGUGCUUCGAUCCUAAGAACAGAGAGAUAUACAGCUGUGAAGUCCGUGAGACGGCUGGUCAGUCACAACAAUUGACACUGUUGCUGAAAAACCUGAGUUGUUCAGGAGAAUACCAUUGCCAAUAUAAAACAGCCAAUGUGUACUGGUUCCUCCUAGUGAGAAAUGAGGGCUACAAGGAUAUUGUAAAUUUGGAGUCCACAGAACUCAUCACAGUCGCCGUCUUCACUGGUGUGCUGCUGGUUUUCAGUGUGGUCGGCUCGGUGUGUGUCUUCAGAGGACAUUGGAAAGAACACAUCACUGAAGAUGGCAAGGCUGGCAGAAAACGAAAGCAGAACAAAGAAAAAAAGAAGGAGAGAGAGACAGAGGAAGACAAUGUGAAUGUAAUACCUGCUCAGUCUACGUCUUUCUAUGCUAGUCUAGAGCCUCGGCCCAGGUCGAUUUAUGAUGUGCUGGACCACUCGGCUGCCAACAGAAAGUCAGAAAGUGACAAAUCAAAACCCAAGAAAAUGGACCCCCAAAAAACGAUGGGGGAAACCACACAACCCAAGGAAGAAGGCGUGUUUGAGUCUGUCUACGAGAAUUUCUGAAUCAUAAAGAACUUUUUCAAUAGAUUGUGGUAUUCAGUAGCUGAGACGAUCUCAGUGUGGUUUGCUAUGUCACUGUAACUUGUUAAUAUUAUAGUUGCACUAACAUGUAACCAGCAUUUUAAUGUUGUUGCUGGUUGCUUUGGAGCAGAAAUUUUAUUGGCAUGUGUAAUUACUGUAUAUCAAUGUAUUUGUGAAUUAUUGUAAAAAUGCGAAUCUGCUAAUAACUCAAAAUUAACUCAAAUAUAGUGGAGAAAACUGUAGAAAAUAUUAAUUGCAGAAAUAUUAUUUUUAACUUAUUUUAUUCUAUUGUACUUAAAAUAUUUGUAUAUUAUAUAUGUGUGUUGCAUGAAGGGUCUCCACCUUACGUUUCAUUGUUGUAAAAUGACAAUAAAUGAACCUUGACAGUU